UUGCUUAGCAUCAAGUUACCGGGGUGAGGGCGGACUUGACCAGUUGUACGGUAAUACAAGCGACGACCGGUGUUCGAUUCCCUUCGGGAAACUCAUUUACCGAAACGCGUGAAGCUUUUUGGCUAAUGAUUAAACUGGCUGAGUUUCAGCGAAAGGAUCGGAAGUCUCUCCCCGGGCUGGCUUAAACUAUGGCCGGGAAUACAGAGCUGCUGGGAUGAAGUAGGCUCACACCAGUAGCCUACAGUGUAUAUUAGUUGCCAGCUUGUUGCUGCGUUGUACGUCAAGCAGAGUCCCAUGGCAGACAGGCGGACGAGGGGCAUGACUGGUUCAGGACAAAACCGGACAACGGCGGCCCGGGCAGCUGCCAUUGCCGAGCAGUUGCAUUAUGAGUGCACCAUCUUAUUGGAGCUUUUUAGAAAGAGGGAGAGCCUCUUUUCAGAUUUCGCCGUGGGGGAUGGCCGUCUCGUAUCCGUCCCGUCUCCCUCCUCUCAGCUGGACACCAAAGACAAGCUCUGGUGUCUGCACUCUGCCCUGCUACAGUGUCGUGGCCUACUGGAGAGGGCCAUGAGCAGGGAGGAAGAGGAGCUGGGUGGGGGGGAGAAGGGAGAGUACGAGAGUCAGGGUAAACUAGUGAGGGAGCGACUCUCUCUGCUCCUCGGCUGCACAGGGGAACUCCUUAAGGCCGCCGAUGGAUCAGUGGUCCUGACUCCCAACUUGGACAGCUUGGAGAUAGACCGUUCGACGUCUCUGUUUGAGUUGAAGCUCUGGAUAUACCGGGUCUUCAAAGAAGUGGACUACUGGAGCCAGACAGCCAUCACCAUGCUGCAGGCCCUGCCCGCAGUCACGGCCAAGGAGGUGGGGAGGACCGCCGCGGGCAGCAGGAGGAGGAGGAGCUUGCGGCGAUGAGACGUAGGAGAUGCACGUGUGGGCGAGGAGGAAUAAUGACAGAGAAGAGAGGUUAGGGAGGAGGGGUGGAGGGCAGACGGACUGAAGGGACGCAGAGGAUGAGAUGAGAUAGAGGUGCUCAGUGGUGUUCACCAUGACAAAGGGAGCGAUUUAGAGAGAUGGAGAAAUAAAUGAGCACUUAAUGUCAGCCAAGAGUGAAAGAUUGAGUGGGUGGGAGCCUUCUCUGCCAGAUAUGGCAUGUAGUUGUGAAACACUUUUAAAACACUGAAAGAUAAAACCAAGAAAAAUAGUACAUUUCAUCGUUGGUGAACACAAAUGUAUUUUCUCUCUGAGACAAAAUCUGUAGCGUAGCUUUUCUUGCUGCAAACUCAUGCGAUGGACAUUUGCUUUAUAUUCUGGUUAUGCUAUUAACCUGAAGCUGAACUGCAAAACUUCAUGCGGAUCUAUUUUUAUAACUUCUCUUACUUACUUGAAGUCCAUUUCUGGCUUACUUGGAGUACGUUAAGAUUUGAGGGAUUUUAAUUUCCUAACAUAUUUUAAAUGUGAAAACCAUGUGUUUCUUAAUGAGAUAUAUAAGAUGUAUUUGUCAGCUAACGUUGCCGACCUCUUUCUUUCUUUCUAGUGCAUAAAGAAGUUACUGAGUAUAUAUAUAUAUUUUUUGUAGCGAGUUUCUCCAAAACUGACGAGAGAAAGAGAUGAAGGAAUGUUUUAAUGUCAGCAUUAACGUGUUUCUGGUGUAACUACGUGUGUAUUAUGUCUCACCAGGACUUCAACAAAGCAGUGAGUCUGUUGAGUGUGUGUGAUGAAUGAGAGGCCUGAGUGCCGUGACUGUUUUCCAGCCCAAAUCAAUGCUCCCUCUAGUGGCCAUCCAUUUACCCUCACUGGAGGAGGAGGAGGAGGAUGCAAGAGCAUCCUCUAACGUCCAUAAUACAUACAGCACAUAACACCCGCUAUUCUUUCUUUCUUUCUUUCUUUCUUUCUUUCUUUCUUUCUUUCUUUCUUUCUUUCUUUCUUUCUUUCUUUCUUUCUUUCUUUCUUUCUUUCUUUCUUUCUUUCAUAUUGAUCAUACAUACAUGCAUACACACUUACCUACACCCACACACUUACAUUUAUACAUACAUGCACACACACACACAUACAUAAUUCUUUCUCUAAUGUUGAUAAUACAUACAGCACAUAACAUCCGCUAAAUCUUUCUUUCUUUCUUUCUUUCUGAAGUGUUCAACACAAACUUGGCUGCCUUCAACUUUCAUAUUAAUGAUAUUCAUGCAAAAUAAAAGACAUAAUCCUACAGAAGGAAAAUUCUUACUGUUUUCAAAGAAAUUGCAUUCCAACUGCUUGUUUUGAUAUUCUAAAUUAUAUUAGAUUUUUGUUGUUGUUGUUGUUUUUAACAUAUUUUAUAUUUAAUAAGUUCAGGCAUCUUUUAAAGGGAGUAUGAGGAUGGGGAAUAAUGUCGGGGACAUGAGGAGGAGCGAGGUGGGGUGUGUGUGAGUGGGCCACAUGCAGAGCUACAUGUUAGGGGACCCAAGUGAAGGAUGUGGUGGAUGCUGUAGAAAGUAGACCCCAUUUGUUAACACGCCUAACGCAGAUGAAUAAAUGUUAAUCCAUACAGAACUUUACGUUUGUGUUCCACCACAGUGUAGUUUUUGCUUUUUGUUUUCCAGUUAACUCAUCUCUUCAGGUGACACUUAACAAGUCCAUGAAGAACAUAAUCUUCCAGACCUACACUUGGUCACUCGGUAUUAGACAGAAAUAUACAGAACAAGCAGAGACGUGUGCAAGUGUCUCCAGGAGCAAAACAUGGAUGAGACUGAAUGUCACAGAGACCUUUGAGAGAACCUGAGCAAGCCUUUGGUUUGUGUCAAUGUCCAGGGUGAGGGAAAUGUUUGAUUGCUUUUUAACUUUAAUAACUUUAAUUUGUAUAACGUCUGUUACUGAACAUUGUGAAAGCGCGCACCAAUGUGAGAUCAUGUCCAUCUUUUGUGCGCUGACCAGCUACGAGGCACAGCAACAAUGUAAACUAUGAAAUGUGAUCGUUUGAGUGAUUCAGGCUUCACCAAAACGAAGAGAAACCAAUCUAGAUGCCGAAAUUCAAAAUAAGUAGUACAGUUUGUCAUUGAUUACACCUUCAUUCGUCAACCAGGAUGAAUUUCCGGCCUACAGUUGGCUUUUAAGAGAAUUACAUGUAGAUGUGUAAAAGGCAUCAGCUGCACCUUUGACCAAAAACAUACCAAAUGACAUGGGUCUACGGGUAGGGGUGGAAAAUGCCAUUUAUUGUACUUUGUGGAUGGCUCAUUUGAUUAUUGUAAUUUUUUUUCCUGACUUUGUCAAUAAACUUGUCACUAAUAAAGCCAUGCAAUAGUUUA